GAGGAAACAACACUGUGGUCUGAGGAAACAACACUGUGGUCUGAGGAAACAACACUGUGGUCUGAGGAAACAACACUGUGGUCUGAGGAAACAACACUGUGGUCUGAGGAAACAACACUGUGGUCUGAGGAAACAAAGAUGGAACCAUACCCCAGCACCCUCAGAUACCCUGACACCCUCAGAUACCCCAAACCUAACAACCUCAGAUACCCCAACACCCUCAGAUACCCCAAACCUAACAACCUCAGAUACCCCAACACCCUCAGAUACCUCAAACCUAACAACUUCAGAUACCCUGACAGCCUCAGAUACCCCAAACCUGACAACCUCAGAUACCCCAAACCAAACAACCUCAGAUACUCUGACACCUUCAGAUACCCCAACACCAUCAGAUACCCCAAACCUAAUAACUUCAGAUACCCCAAACCAAACAACCUCAGAUACCCUGACACCCUCAGAUACCCCAAACCUAACAACCUCAGAUACCCUGACACCUUCAGAUACCCCGACACCUUCAGAUACCCCAACACCAUCAGAUACCCCAACACCAUCAGAUACCCUGACACCAUCAGAUACCCUGACACCAUCAGAUACCCUGACACCCUCAAAUACCCUGACACCCUCAGAUACCCUGACACCAUCAGAUACCCUGACACCCUCAGAUACCCUUACACCAUCAGAUACCCCAACACAUCCUGAUACUCCAACACCAGCAGAUACCCCAACACCCAACACAUUUUGAGGUAUUGUGUUAAUGAAUUUUGAGGUAAAAAAAAAAAAAGAAAAAAGUAAUUGAUUUUGGGAUAAGCCUGUAA